AUGGCACUCCCACCACCCAACCCCGUACUUCGUCGACAAGUCAUCCAACUAUACAAAGAACUCCUCCACAUGGGCAAAGAAUACCCCCAAGGCUACUCCUACUUCCGCCCGCGCCUGCACCGCGCGUUCAUGUCCAAGGCCGGGCUACGGGACGAGGGGGAGAUCAAGCAGGCUAUUGCCACGGCGCAGUUUGUUCAGAAG